AGUGGUUACAACCCUAAAGAACUAUUGAAAUUUGUACAGAAUUAUGGCGAUAUAGAAUACAAUGUCAAAAACAUAUUAAAUAUGAACAAAAGCAAGUAUCCUGAUGGGAAACAUCCCUUGGGAAUAAGGAGAAUACUAGCCAAAAGAAUCGUUCCAUCCGCUCAAAUAACACCUGAUUUCGAAUAUGACAAGAAAUCUGAAACAUAUUUCAAACCUUUGGUUAAAAUUCACAAAGUCAAAAAGAUGGCGAAACGAGAAACAAAUCCCAGCGUAUCGAGUGAUUCAUUUGAUCUUUCUUCAUUCGAAAAUGAUGAAUCUAAACAGGAUAUUAAAAUUUACGACAUAAAUGGUCCUGUACCCAACAGUAAUCGAGAUUUACACUACCUAAAGCCUAAAGAAAAAAACGAAAAUGAUGAAUCUGAACAGGAUAUUACAAUAUACGAUAUAAAUGGUCCAAUACACACUAAUCGAGAUUUACAUUACCUAGAGCCUAAAGAAAAAAAAGAAAAUGAUGAAUCUGAACAGGAUUUUAUAAUAUACAACAUAAAUGGUCCAGUGCACAACAGCAAUCGAGAUUUACAUUACCUAAAGCCUAAAGAAAAACAAGAAAAUGAUGAAUUUGAAAAGGAUAUUACAAUAUACGAUAUAAAUGGUCCAAUACACACUAAUCGAGAUUUACAUUACCUAGAGCCUAAAGAAAAAAAAGAAAAUGAUGAAUCUGAACAGGAUAUUAUAGUAUACAACAUAAAUGGUCCACUACUCAACAGUAAUCGAGAUGUAAAUUACCUAAAGCCUAAAGAAAAAAAAGAAAAUGAUGAAUCUGAACAGGAUAUUAAAAUAUACGACAUAAAUGGUCCAAUACACAAAAAUAAUCGAAAAAAGAAUCCUAAAGAAAAAAAAGAAUCUCAAAAUAUUAAUAAAAAACAAGAGAACAUAAGAAUGUCUAUAGAAGAACAAGGUGCAAGAUUUCUAAAAGACAUACAACAAAUGACACAUUUAUUACAAGACAAAAGACAAAAAAAUAUUAUCAAAGAUAAAGUAUCUGUUAUUGUCCAAGAGUUAGAGAAUUUACAUGGAAAUUUGUUUGAUUUAGUAGACAAAACCGUUCAUCUAAGGGCUCAAAAUAUUGAUGUUGACAAUAUGAUUUCUUUACCUCUCUCAGACGUACUGCCCCUUCAGAAAGACAUCACUGUGCAAGAGAACAAACUAAAGAAUACAAGUCCAAUUUUGCCGCAUAAUCCUAUAUGGAACUUUUGGACGUAUAAGAAAACGCUGCUAAUUGACGAAUGUCCCGGUGACCAAGUACGUAUCGGCAGGGUCUGUGUUAAGACUCCUGAACACAGGAGACGUCGCCCGGCCCAACGGGAAUUUCCAUUCACACCUGACAGCGAUCGCGCUCUACACUGGUUUAAUGUUUAAUGCAAGAUAACGAGACGGUGUACUGAAAACUUCGAAUUUCCUGGGCAAUUGUCGCAUUGUGACACUGCAGCGUGAUAAUGUACUAGACAUCUAUGCGGACGCAGGGCGUUAUCAAACACAUUUCGCACAAGGCCCGGUACACUCGUUCUCCAACAUCUGUCCGAAACAAUUACGUUCAAUUAAGUAACACUCGAUCAAAUUAAAGGACGAAAUGAAAUAAGCUUCAUAUUUGUUUUUUAAUUUUGUCAAGUACUGUCUAUUAUUUAUUUGACAGUAAUUGUUUCCCAAAGAAACCAAAUCGUCCAUUUGCCAGAACGUGUCAUUUAUAUUAGAGAUAAUACAUUGUUCUGUCAUUGUUCACGACAUUUGCGCUACUGGCGCGACUGCAGCACCACAGUGGAGCCACGUUACCGCUUUUAUAAGCCUCUAACUGAAGGCACCCUAUGUCACUAAUUUCCAAUCCGGAAAUAUCCCUAACUAUUCUAUAGCUAUUAGUUUCGUAAGUUAAAAUAGUUUUAGAAAUAAUUAUUUUGUCUGUAUUUUGUUUGACCAGAGAUCGAAACAGAGUAUAUAUAUACCUAAACUUCAAGUUACACAUAUAAAGUGAAUAAUACCUCUCUCUGAAAUUCUGGAACAAUUAAAAAGAAAAAGCAAGAAUUGAAAACAAUUACAAAACUUUAGUUCUAAAUACCCUAGUAAAUACAAAAAAAUAAUGUAAUAAUUCCGCGAUUUCAGAGAGAGGUAUUGUUCACUCUAUAUGUGUUGCUUAAAUUUAGGUAAAUAUAGGGUUAUUUGUAAAACAAUAACAACCUCGCAAGACUUUAAUUACUAACGUCAUAAACAACAACUUUUGCUCCUAGACUUUUAAUUAUUCAUCAGAUUUUACUUUCGUGCUCUAAACUGUAAUAAGUGUGUGCAAAACGCAGGACGAGGGUAGGGGGAUACGGGCACGACGCUAUAGCCUACAUUGCGGCGGAACGGCACAAUGAACUUUAUGGUCAAUUGCAUAACUUACAAACUAGAUACGAGGCAAGAAUAAAGUCGCGCGUCUUCCGCGGAAUUCUCGCGCGUGCUCGAGAAUGGGCAUUCGCGAGAAUUCCGCAGCUGCCGUCGACGACACUUGGCGACGCGGGAAGUGGCGUGAAGGCAGGCGCAGUGUGACGUCAAACGUCAACGAAAAAUGCUCGAGCAUUCCAGCGACAUAAAAAAUGUCGGAUAGUACA